AUGCGAUAUCACUGGAGGCUUUUUGUCUCCGUUCUCUCAUUCUCAUGUCUUCUAGGAUAUGGACAGUUUGUGUUAGGAGCCAGGAUUCCAACUCGACAGGUGGAGGUUGCGAGACGAGGUGUUGAUUCGGCGGUUGUGGAUGUCCCCAAACUUGAGAUAUUCCAACAGUAUGUAUGCCCCAAAAGUGCUGACAUGGUGAAAAGACAGUCAACUACGAUCACGGUCCCGAAGAGCGAGCUGAGGAAUCUGCUCUUGCAGAUUCGGUUGCUGGAGUUGCAGUUGAUAGAUAUUCUUCUGAAUGACGGAACGGACACGGGCAAUGGUAAUCCAAGUGAUAUUGCUGUACCUACUUUCCUGACAGGAGUCAUCUCAUCUUCAGUCACAACAACCAUUCCGCUUGCUUCUCUAAGCUCUGCAGUCGACUCGGCACUUUCUUCCCUUACCUCUGCGACUUCUCCUAGCUCGACAGUGGUCUCUCUUACGGACAGCAGCGAAUCCCCUGCUGCAGUAAGAACGGUUCGAGUGACCAGGACAACAACGGCGACAACCAUUACGAUUACAGCGACUGCUAUCUUCAAUACAACGGCACAAAAUGUGGCUGCUCCAAGCACCACAACGGCUCUUUUCUCAAACUCCACGAAUACGACAACCGUGGCUGGGUUCAACACCACGACGUCUGUACCCGUGGGUUUGAGUUCGAGGCUUGCUGUGUCGAUAACAACGACAGAGGCCUCGUCUGAAACUUCUGGUUUCCCGGAAUUAAGUUCGACUUUCCUCGAAGUUACAAUCUCUCAAGGAUCCUCGGAAACGCCAAGCCCUUCAACGACAUCGACACUGCCAGGAGGUGGAUUCAUUGAAGUCACCAGCACAGCGUCUCCAACAGCAGCACUCCCUGUGCCAACCGCGCCAGCAACAGACUACGCAUUCAAUGCUCUCUCCCAGAGUAAUGUUGCAGUCUACUUUGGACAAACAGUGAUCACCGGAACGACAUCACUAGAAGCUCAAUGUGCCGACCCCAACAUCGACAUUGCUAUUCUUGCCUUUGUGAUCUCCCAACUGGAUGGCGGAAUCUACCCUACGGUUAAUUUCGGCGCUGCAUGUGGAGGUCAGACGGAAGAAAUGCUUGCUCAAGCUCCUGGACUCUUGUUCUGUCCUGAGUUAGCGGGCAAUAUUUCAACUUGUCAGAAAACCUAUGGGAAGAAGGUGUUUUUGAGUGUUGGCGGUGCUACGAGCCAGAUCUCAUUCACUGGUGAGGAUCAGGCUAGGAAUUUUGGAGACGUGCUCUGGAAUUUGUUUGGGCCACCGGGGAAUGUCGAUAGUGGCUUGAGACCUUUUGGGGAAGUGGAGGUUGAUGGAUUUGAUAUUGACAAAGAAGAUCGUUUACCCUCGUACUUCGGCACCCUAGCCACCACACUCCGCUCACACUACGCCGCCAACACAGCAAAGAACUACUACCUCUCUUCUGCGCCACAAUGCCCCUUCCCCGACGCCUCCACACCUCUCGAUCUCAUCCUUCUCUGUGAUUUCGUCUGGGUGCAGUUCUACAACAAUCCACCCUGCGAAAUUGGCUCCAAUGGCUUCGCAGACAGUGUCAACCAAUGGAGCUCAGCGCUUGAAGCCUCUACCCUGGCAGUCAAAACACGGUUGUACAUUGGGGCUCCGGCAUUCUCAGAGGCGGGACCGAGUGCGUAUGCUAAUAUUGGGAGUCCGGAGGGGAUGGGUGAUGUUGCGGCUGGGGUAAGAGAGUUAAGUCUGCCUAAUAUGGGAGGUGUUAUGUUUUGGGAUGGGCCGAUGGGGAGGGCUAAUGUGGGAGGUGGUCUGGACAUUAUUGCGUGGGCGAAGGAUGGAUUGGAGUGA